AUGCAACAAGCUAUCUUCACUACUAAAGAACAAGCACUGAAAUUCGUGGCUCAAGUCGUAGUGCAACGUAUUAAUGACUUUCAAGCUUCAACGUCCAAACCAUUUGUUUUAGGGCUUCCUACUGGCUCUUCACCUGAAGGGGUCUAUGCUGAAUUGGUUCAAUUGUACAAAGCAGGCAAGGUCUCCUUUAAGAACGUGGUAACUUUCAAUAUGGAUGAAUAUUUGGGUCUUCCUCCUCAAGAUUCUCGUAGUUAUCAUUACUUUAUGUUUGAUAAGUUGUUCAAUCAUGUCGAUAUUCCAAGAGAAAAUAUCAACAUUUUAAAUGGGUUGGCCAAAGACCCCGAAGCCGAAUGUGCUGCCUAUGAAGCCAAAAUAAGCAAAUAUGGUCGUAUUAACUUAUUUCUUGGAGGUGUUGGUCCUGAAGGUCAUUUAGCAUUUAAUGAAGCUGGUUCUACAAGAGAAAGUCGUACUAGAGUUGUUGAUUUGGUACCUUCAACCAUUGAAGCCAAUGCCAGAUUCUUUGAUAACGACAAGAGUAAAGUUCCAACCAAAGCAUUAUCUGUUGGUAUUUCAACCAUCUUGGACAAUUCAGAGGAGAUUAUCAUUCUUGUUUUUGGUAAGAAUAAGCAAAAGGCUCUUUCUUGGACUCUUUCCUCAAAAAAUAACUCACAAGUACCUUCUACUUAUUUAGCAGAUCAUUCUAAUGUUUUACUUGUAAGUGACUUGAGUGCUCAUUCUCAAUCAAAGUUAUAG